AUGACGCUUGGUCUUUGUUCAAAAAAUAGCAUUGAGCAAAGAGAUGCGGACUCAACAAAUCCAGUCUUUUUGGAUAUAGGAACGCAGAUUUUGGAAAGGUGCAGUGGGGUUCCCUUAGUCAUAAGGACUAUAGCUAGUACGUUAUCCAUUAAGGAAACUGAAAGAGAGUGGCGUUCUUUCAAAGAUAAUGAACUUGCUAGAAUAUCUCAAAAAGAUGGUGAAAUUUUGCCUACACUCAAGCUGAGUUAUGACCAUCUUCCAGCCCAUUUGAAGCAUUGCUUUGCUUAUUGCAGACUGUACCCAAAAGAUUAUAGAAUCCAAGUACAAACACUUGUUCAACUUUGGAUUGCACAAGGCUUUGUAAAGCAAUCAGAGCCGAAUCAAUCUCUCGAAGAGAUUGGGUUGGAUUAUUUUAAAGACUUAGCGGAAAGAAGUUUCUUUCAAGAGAUAAUAGAAUAUUUUGACGGGCGAAUGGGAUGUAAAAUGCAUGAUUUAAUGCAUGAUCUUGCUGAAUUAGUUGCAGGGAGAGAGAGUGGUAUUUUAGACUCAAAUUCAAAUACAGGUGAGGUUGAUGAAAUAUGUCGUCAUAUAACAAUUGAUUUUCAAAUAUAUCCUUCGUUCAAGGGAAGGAAGUUACGAACUUUGUUGCACUUUCGUAACGAGAAAUAUGAAAAAAUGAGCGAGGCAACUUGGGAUUUUAUAAUUUCAAACUGUAGGUGUUUGCGUGUGUUAGAAUUGGAGGGUUUAGAUCUUGAUAUAGUUCCACACUCCAUUCAUAAGUUGAAACAUCUGAGGUACCUUGAUCUCUCUCGGAAUGAUCUUAAGAUCCUCCCGAAGAGUAUUUGCAAGUUACUAAAUUUGCAAGUGCUGGAACUUGAUUUGUGUCUGAAGCUUAAAGAAUUGCCAGAGAAGAUUGAAAAAUUGGUGAAUCUUACCCAUCUUUCAUGUAUUGGUUGUUGGAGUUUAACUCAUAUGCCACGUGGAAUUGGGAAGCUGACUUCGCUUCAGAGGUUAAGCAUGUUUGUGGUGGAUGAACGUGGUUCCCGUAGUGCUGCUGCUGCUGCUGCUGCUGCAGAUCUAAGUGAAUUGGGUGGGCUUAACAAUUUGAGGGGAUUACUAUGGAUAAAAAAUUUGGGAUUCGUGAAAAAUGCAAAAGAGGAGUUCAGGGCUGCUAAUUUGAAAGAGAAGCAACAUUUGGAGUCAUUGGGUUUAGAUCGGGGCUACACUUAUAGAUGA